AUGAAGUUCACAGACUCGCCGGUGAUCGAGCUCCCAAUCGGAGACAAGGUCCUCUCAAUUCAACAAGACAAUGGAUCGAUGCACGUUGGCACCUCCGUCUGGCCGUGCUCCCUCGUCCUCGCUAAGUUCCUCGAGCGCUGGGCAGGAGUCUCGCCCCCCGCCGCAAACCCUUACUCCUCCCUUGUCGAUUUCGGCUCCAAGCACCGCCGGGCCAUCGAGCUAGGCACCGGAUGCGGGGCCGCCGGGAUGGCGCUCCACCUCCUCGGCCUCACCGACAUCAUCCUCACGGAUAUCGCCCCCGUGAUGCCGGCGCUCAAGCACAACCUCAAGCGGAACAAGCAAACCCUAGGUAAGAUGCUGAAGACCUCGAUACUGUACUGGAACAACACGGAGCAGAUGAAUUCGCUGAAGCCGCCGUUCGACGUAGUGGUCGCGGCUGACGUGGUGUACAUAGAGGAGUCUGCGGUACAGCUGAUUGGUGCCAUGGAAGCGCUGGUGGCCGACGACGGCGUGGUGCUGUUGGGAUAUCAGUUGAGGUCUCCCGAAGCGCAUAAGCUGUUCUGGGAAAUGUCUGAGACGGUUUUCGAGAUUGAGAAGGUCCCCCAUGAAGAUUUGCAUCCUGAUUACGCUUAUGAAGAGGCUGAUAUGUACAUAUUUCGCAAGAAAAAGAAACAGCAGUAG